AUGGGGUGGUGGCCCUUCAUCUUUGGCGGCAGCGACAGUUCGGCCGAUCCUGUGAACCAGCUGGACCCGAAGCUUCGCGAAUUUCUUGAGAAGGAAUCUCCCCUCAAGUACAAGAAGAACAGCGUGACGAGCGGCUCGGAAACAUCAGGGGCAGCCAAGAAUGACGCGGCGGAAGCAGCGCCAAACUCGCCACCGCAGCAGCAGGGGGUGCCGACUGAGAGCCUAUACCAGGACGGACGAUACGCACACCUAUGGAAGAACUACCGACCGCAGGCCGAAGUGGAAGCCGAGUCCAUGUCAGACCACGAGCGCCUGAUGAGCGUCCUGGAGGCGUAUCAGCAGCGCAAGUCGCAGAUAUCCAAGGUGGCCAUGGAGAACUGCGCUGAGGCCCAGGAGGAAUGGGUCAACUGCAUGAAGCACGGCAAGCUGGAGGACCAGCUGCAGAUGUGUCGGCACCAAGUGAAGAGUUUCGAGAAGUGCUACACGAUGCAGUCGGUAAGAAGUCUUCCCUCCCCGUGGCAUCGCAACUUCUCUCCGACCCGAACAAGACUGACAGGAAUGGAAAUCAUUAAGCGUUUCCUCCGGGCACUAGGCUAUGGGUCCGUCGCCAGCCGCCCACAGCACGUAGAGGAUGCCAUCCAGAUGCACGCCGACUCGCUGUACCAGCGCGUUCUGCAGCAUGAGCUGGCUGUCGAGAAGGCCAGAAACGAGGGCACUCCCGUUCCCGUCUUCGACCCGACCAUUCCGCUUCUCGCGACGACCAAGACGACCAUCGAGCCGUCCGAGGAGCUCCAGCUACAGUGGAAGGACAAGCUCGACCAGCUGCCCGAGUCGGAGCGUCCUGCCGAGGAGGCUGCCCUCAGGGCCGAUCUGCAGUCCAAGUCUGACGUCGCCAGGUCUAUGAAGGAGUACUACGAGUCGCAGAAGAAGAAAAAUAACAAGGAUGGCGAGGGUGGCGGUGGUCCGACGGGUCAGCCGCAGCAAAAGACCUUUGCAGAUACCAUCGUCAGUCUGGUGAUGGGGCGAUAG